CCCUUGGACAGUUUUGUGGUGGAAAUUAGUUAGUGACUAAACUGGUGAUUUGAACAAUUAUUAAAAAUGUUGGAUGAAAUUCAUAUUCGGCAAAGGAUAACUGCGUUAAGGUUGAAAGCUGCUCAGAAGUAUGACAUCAUUCCGGAGAAAUGUCACGUUGGACAUGUUGUACUUCAAGCCAUGCUGGAGGCUCCUGCCAGAGUACAUCAGAUUGAAGGGGUGUCGGGACAGUCAGAGACGAACUUAUCAGUGGCCACGCGGUCGAUGCGUCUGGCAAGCGCGAUGAGAAACAGUGGUAUCCAGAUCAACGACCACGUAGUAAACAUGGGCCACAACCACCUCGACCUCGGCAUACCCUAUUACGCCUGCCACCUCAACGGAUACUCUCAGUGCGCUAUCGACCCACGAAUGACACUAUUGGAUCUGACAUCACUCUUCGGACACAUAGACCCAAAGAUAAUUUUCGCACCGCAAGAAAAGUUAGAAGACAUAAAAACGGCGUUAGAUAAAAACAACAAAGAAAAUGUUCGUAUCGUCAUAUUUGACGACAAGAAGAAUGACCUUGAAGCGUUUAUUGCUGAGCAUAAAGGCACUGAUGAAAAAUUCAGGCCAGCAGAGUUCGACCAAGCUAAAACAAUUGCUUGGUUGAUGCUGACAAGUGGAACCACUGGUCUACCGAAAGUUGCCAUCAUACCUUUCGAAACUCUCCUCAACGGAUUGUGUUUGUGGUGGGCGCCAUUCACUAAGCAGUGCUCGGUGAUCAUGGCUAUAACGACAAUCCAGUGGAUGUCAUCAUUGUACUUCUUCAUAUCAUCACCAAUUAUGAAGUGCACGAGGGUGCAAUGCUCAAUGCCUAUGACCCCACAACUGCUGGUCAUGGUUAUCAACAAGUACAGGCCCAACAUAACGGUAUGGUCUCCAUUCUUACUGGCCCAGUUCAUAAACGCGGUCGGCAGUCACGUCGACUUAUCCUGCUUCACAUACAUCGCUAUUGGAGGCAGCGCCAUCGAUAAAGCUUUGUACGACAAGUUUAGUGAAAAAUGUGACGCGUACCUGUACUUGGUGUAUGGUAUGACAGAACUUCUGGUGCCCGUGUUUGAUUUCAAAGAAACUACACCAUUCGGAUCCACAGGAGUGCCAUUCGACCGAUUCCAGUAUAAGCUUGUGGACGACGACGGUACAAUUUUGGAAAAACCACACGAAAGUGGAGAGCUAUGGAUAAAAGGAGAUGCAUUCUUUAAGGGCUAUCUCAACAAUCCUGAAGAGACUGACAAACUGCUAACUAACGAUGGAUGGCUCAAGACUGGAGACAUCUUCUACAGAGACGAAAAUAACUACUACUUCUUCGUUGAGAGGAAACGAUUGCUUAUUAAAUAUACUGGUUUCUGGAUUUCACCCCUACAAUUGGAAGAUGUAAUCAAGAAGCACCCGGGAGUAGAAGAGGUGUGUGUUGUGGGAAUCCCCAACAAGGAAACGAAUCAGACACCGGUAGCCGUCAUCGUACGGAAAAAAGAUCACAACGUCCAACCUCAGCAGAUCUUCGACCUGGUUAAAAGUGAAAUGCCAGAAAUCAAGCAAAUCCACGGAGGUUUGUUCUUCGUCGACGCGUUACCAGAAACGCCUUCAGGUAAAGCACAUAGAGCCAAGAUUCGUGACAUGGCCGUGACCGCAGAAAAAAUAUUCCCAGUAAAGCAAUAAGUUACUUAUAUUAUUAGUCUCGUUAGAAUUACGCUAGUUGUGUUUAGUAUAGAGAUAAAUUUAGAAAGCAGCGCUGAUAAACGACUUCCUAUCGAUUAAAUUAUAAUUUUAAUUCCUCCUUCAAUUGAGGAAUAUAUAUCGACGCACUCAAAGAGUGAUUACCCGCUCAAAUAAUCGAAUUAUUUCGAAAGUAACUCUUAUUUGUUCACAGAAAUUAUAUAAUUA